GUUGAUUUUUUCAUAGUCAAGUUCAUCCGAGAAGUAACACCGUAUAUCAAGAAGCCAUCUUUAGUAUCAGAUCUGCCAUGGGAAGGUGCUGCUCCCCAGUCACCAAACUUUAGUGGCAGUGAAGACUCUGGUUCUCCAAAGCAUCAGAAUAGCACCAAGGACAGGAAGGUCAUCCCUCUCAAAAUGUGCUUUGCUGCUAGAAACCUAAGCAUGCCAGAUCUGGAGAACAGAUUGAUAGAGCUCCAUUCUCCUGAUAGCAGGAACACCUUGAUCCUACGCUGCAAAGAUACGGCCACAGCACACUCCUGGUUCGUAGCUAUCCACACCAACAUAAUGGCUCUCCUCCCACAGGUACUGGCUGAACUCAAUGCCAUGCUUGGUGCAACCAGUACAGCGGGAGGCAGCAAGGAAGUCAAGCACAUUGCCUGGUUGGCAGAACAGGCAAAACUAGAUGGUGGAAGACAGCAGUGGAGGCCUGUUCUCAUGGCUGUGACCGAGAAGGACCUGCUGCUUUAUGAUUGUAUGCCAUGGACAAGAGAUGCCUGGGCAUCGCCAUGUCAUAGCUACCCUCUAGUUGCCACAAGAUUGGUUCAUUCAGGUUCUGGAUGUCGGUCACCCUCCCUUGGAUCUGACCUUACCUUUGCUACAAGGACGGGCUCUCGGCAGGGCAUUGAGAUGCAUCUCUUCAGGGUUGAAACACAUCGGGAUUUGUCGACCUGGACCAGAAUACUUGUUCAAGGUUGUCAUGCUGCUGCUGAGCUGGUCAAGGAAGUCUCCCUAGGCUGCACCUUAAGUGGCCAGGAGGUAAGAUUCACUGUCCACUACGAACAUGGGUUCACUAUCUCCAGAGACAGUGGAGGCUCCAGCAGCAUACUGUACCGCUAUCCUUUUGAACGGCUGAAGAUGUCUGCUGAUGACGGCAUCAGAAACCUCUAUCUGGAUUUUGGUGGUCCUGAGGGAGAACUGACUGUGGACCUGCAUUCUUGUCCAAAGCCGAUUGUAUUUGUGUUGCACACGUUCUUAUCAGCCAAAGUCACUCGAAUGGGGCUGCUUGUAUGAGCAACGAGAAGUAAGGAAGAGCUGACGGUCACAAGAAGUAUUUCCACCUCCGAAAAAUGAAAAUUAAAACAAGCAUCAACAACAGAGAAGCACAAAAAGCAGCCCUUGCUCUCCUCCAUCAUAGUGCCUUCCCAAGGACCUGCAGAUCACUGCUGAAACCACAGGGUUUGAAGAAGGGCCGACCUCUCCCACACAGCCUUGGCCAGAAGUUCUAGAACUGAAAUAAGCUCCAAAUUGAAGCUAUUGAUUUAUCGUCUCAUUUCACAAUGUGAUCGCUAAGUAAUUACGUUUAUUUCUAACCCUGUUAUGAAGGCUGGCUCUUUGGGUUUCUCUUCAGAUAUAAACAAAUAGCCAAAAGAGGUUCUUCUUUUCUUCCUGGAGGAUUUGUUUGGGGCUUAGCCCGAGCUCUUAAUAGGGUAACUUGCUUCCCAGAGGCGAGUGUGCAGCAGCCCAGCCCUCAGACUUCCCACGCAGGUCCAUUGCACGCAGUGUUACUCUCUCUACCUGUUCUUCCCCAGAGGUUCUCGGGUCCACCCUGGCUCCACCCUGCCCCACACCCCACCUCUGACACCAGCCCUGACACCAGUGCUACCUAGAGUCUGGCCACCUUUGCCUUCACUCACCUUUUUUUUGUGGUUGGCCAAGUUGAAAAGCAAGUUGGAAACGGCUGCUCUGAAAGAGGAGCUUUGCUUCCUUUAGUUUUUGAGUUUGUAUUUGGUAGGAGCCAGGGGAUGGUCUAAGGUUUGUUUUGAAAGGAAGAUCCUCAUUUAAGCUAAGCCAUUUCGUACUGCUUACCAAAUGUGCCUUUGGUUAGGGUCAGUGGAGCUUUAUUAGUGACUGUAGAUGAUUGGAUCUCACUGCCAUUAUAGGAGUCAUCCUUGAGGUCGGUUCCUUAGUGGCAUCUUUCGGUGGCGACUUUGUGGGUCACUAGCUUUGCAGCACAGAUGCCAUGUCAAGUGGCACAGGGCACUGUGAGCCCAGGAAAGAUCCUGGUACUGGACUUUUGUGGCCCCAGAGUAGUGAAGACAAGUCACCUCCAGCUCAAGGUUUCCCAGUGGCUGAGAGGGCCGUGUGAUGAGACAGACCUCAGCAGUCACCUGCUUUUGCUCAGGAUGGCCAAGUGUCAUCGUGACUCAGCAUCAGGGUGCUUUCUGAUUUUGUGGCCUGGAAAAUCAUACUCAGCUUGUGUUUCCUGGGUUGGAAGGAGGAAAUAGAUGUGUGUAGAAACAUUUGAAAUAUCUCUACAUAAAAUAUCCAGAUUAGCACAGUCCCUAAAUUUGAACAAAAGGCAACAUUGACUUGGAAUUUUCUAUGCUCUCUGAAAAAAUAUCUAGAAAUAGCUCCCAUGUUCUAGAUUUCUCUGGAGUGUUAUACAGGGAUGUGAAGCUUCAGAUGGGGUAGGGGAGGAAAGGAAAGGAAACAGCGCUGUUCAUGCGGAACUUGAGCUGUGUUGUCGGAGCGCCUUGACUGACAGGUUGGCCAGAGGACAGAACAGAUGCCCAGGGAGAGGUGGUGACUCCACAGUCCUCUGCUGCCUCUUAGUCAGGUUCCCUCCUGCUCUCUGCAGUCAGACUAACAGUGUACAAAGGCUGGGGAGGAAUGUCCACCCCCACUUCAAAUAGGUGUCGGAGCACCAAAGACCAAUGUUGGGAUCCACUUUAAACCAGAAAUUAAAAUCUGAAGAAUGUCUUUCAAGAACUUUUUAUGUUUUAAAAAGUUGUAACCCUGAACCCAUCUUCAACUCAGAAAGAAAGAAAAGAAGAAAGAAAGAAAGAAAGAAAGAAAGAAAGA